GUUUCUCGAUUGCUUCUCACCCUCGUCUCUCGCAUUCCCCCGACUGCUCCGCCCGCAAAGUCUGGUCAAGAUCCCGUCCAGGCGCCCAUGCGCAUCUCGUUCCGUGGUUAAUUCCAUCGCUCAGAGGGGUCGGCUCGCUCUACCGAGUCCGGGGCUUCGACUACCUACAACUUGACGUGACCAUUUAUCAUUGAAAGAAACACAACCACCCCAGCAACUCUACUGCUAUAUAUCUGUGUGGUCUGAUACGAAUUGCCGUCUGCAGAUCUCAUCAAUAUCCUGCGUCGUUUUCCUGCCGAAUAUCCUAGGUUAUUAUUUACGACUUGUGCUGCGAGCAGCUGCCUCAUCAUGGUUCUCCAACCCAAACGAGAUGCCAGCCACGCCUCCAUCCGACUGACCCGAAACAUCAAGGGCCACCUCCUGUCCAACUUCAACAAAGACAAACGUCCUACAUCCAUGAAACCUGAACCCGCAACGGACGACGAACCCAUCAGCUCCAGCGAGGAAGACACCCUGAGCAAUGCCGGCCUGGACGAGGAAUCAGAGGAGGAGACCCGGCCACGAGUGUCGCGUCCCACCUUGGACGAGAAGCUCGCCAAGCGCUCACAGGAUGAAGAGCAGACGCCACGCGCCCGGCGACAAAGGAAUGAUACAAAGGACUCGAGAACGAGUACCCCGGCUACGAGUCGGAAACGAGCUUCUCAGGAGAUGACCGAUGACCCCCUCUUUUCAGCCUAUCGUGAGCUGGAUUCCGGGCAUAAACGACGCAGACAGACUAUUGCCUAUCCAUCGAGGAAAUCGCUCACUACAUCGUCAGCUUUAACGUCUCCGAAGUCAGAGUCACCGGCGGGAAUUAUUGAGGGCAAAAAGCAGAAGAACACGAAGGAUGGGGGGAAAAAGAAGGGUCCAAAGAAGGAAUUCAAGGUCCCCCGGGAUAUCAAGGACGAGAGCCCGAAGCCACAGUUUAAGCAGCCGCCCCCGAUGCCCAAUGACAUGAUCUCGAGCUCUUCGCUUGCUACCUCCUCGGCUCUCGAUGCGCUUAUUUUCGACGACGACGAUUCCUCAAUUGGGACGCCUCUCAGCACGGCGUCUUCGUCCCUAAUGAAUGAACUUUCGGAGGCGAUGCUGGACGAGACGGUGCUCACUGAGCCGUCAGUGUGUCCCUGGUGCAAAGCGCCUGUGGACCCAGGGAUGCUACUGCGAUUCCGCGCGCAGCCCAAACAGCGCAUGCGCGAGCAGCAGCGGUUCUGUGAGUCGCAUAAGCAGUCCACUGCGGAGCAAGAGUGGAAGGAGAAGGGGUAUCCGACAAUCGACUGGGAUACAUUCGACGAGCGGAUCAAUCGGCAUUUCGCGGACCUGGAGACAAUCAUGGUACCAGAAAGCACGUCCUUCUAUCGCAACAUCUUGGACACGACACUGAAGACCGGAAAGGCCAAGAACUUCCGCCUCACGCUAGCCGGAGACGGGCUGGAGGCGAUGUCGUGUGGAUAUUACGGGACGCGGGGGGCUGGUAAAAUGCUACAAGCGAUCACGACGCGAUACGGGCGGAGGCUCCGACGGCUGGCGGUCAGCGACCAUAUUGUCAAGACGGCCGGGGUAGUCCCCUACGCGCAGGCCGUGCUGGUGCCCGAGUUGGCGGUCAGACUGGUCAAGGAGGACUUGGGAGUCCCCGACGAGACGGCGCGACAGAUCCUCCGUGAGACCAUGGACCUGGGCGAGAAGCUGAACUUUGCCUUGAAUGACAAGGUGCCGGUGCCGGAGGAGAAGUUGCAGUAGGGCAAGAGUGUAUUAUUCUUCAACUAUAUUUACUUAGGACUACUAUUCGGGUUUCCUUUCUUUUCUUACUUUCGUUCGCUCUUUCUUUCUUUAUUCCUUUCUUUCUUCUUUCGUUCAUUAUGCGGGGUCGGGGUUGAUCUGCUCUGUAUAUCCCUUGCCUUCUUGACCGGCUGGCCGUGCUGCUGUUGCUGUUGCUGUUUGCUGUUGAUGUCGCUGUUUCUGAUUCUGGUUUCUGUUGUUGAUGCUGAUGUUGAGUGUAUAUACCGCGUGAUACAGUACGGCGUACCGGAUACCUGGGUGAAAUGUGGAUGGCGCGUGCUGAAGACGAGUUGACACCAUUUCUGACACCAUUGGACUCCACUCUUGAGUACCCGGUAGAUACGUACUAGUAUCUAGAUAGGUUACUCCGUACGGAGUACAUUUGUAAGAUUCCGGCCGAGGUGGAGCUGUCCCGAU